UGUUUAAGUAUCACCUCGGGGGUAUGUGUUAUAAGUAAUGAAUGUGACGAAAUUUUCAUAAAUCUUUUAUGCAUACACAUUUAAUAGAACCCAUUUUAGCAUGUUCAGCGGUUUAUGUGCGCCCUGUAAUACACAUAUAGCUACAGUACACGAGUACAUGACCCUCGGCUUGUAUAGUAAAGUGUAUACACACAUGUAGGUGCUGGGACGGACUCAAGCUCCGGUAACAUUAGCAAUGGAGCGGCUUACCUGACAGAACGGAUGACCACAAUACUCCAGCGGUCAACAAUCAACUAGUGACCAGUGUCCACGAUCAAACCAGAGUGUUCUAGAAUGGAUAAUAUUUAUGGCUAUUGUGUUUAAAAAAUGUGGGAUCAAAUAAUCUAGUCGACACAAGAAAAAACCAAAGUGUGAUUGUUGGAAGUGUAAUAAAAUUUCGUUGGAUUUAUACAUAUAAUAGGUAAAAAUAGGCAAUAUAUAGUGUAAACUAUGGAACGAGUUGUAUCGAAAUUCUUGUUGGUGUGUGUAACGACUAUUCUUGUCUCCAUCCCGGCCCUGGGGGACGAGAGGGUGGGGCUGAAAUUGUCCCGGAGUAAGAGAUUCAUUGAGAUGGAUGAUGACGUACGUGGACCGUAUUGUGCUACCCGCCGGGAUGGUCAGUGUUGUCCGGGGAGAGACGACACGUGCACUGUCCCUAUACUGGACAGUACCUGUUACUGUGAUAUAUUCUGUAACGAGACGGCGUCCGACUGUUGUCCGGACUUCUUCAGCUUCUGUCACGGAAUCAAACCGGAACCGAUCAGACGUGGAUGUCAGCGGGCUGGUCAGGAAUAUCCCACCAACUUUGUCCUCACAGACAACUGUAAUACUUGUACUUGUAUCGUGGACCCAACAUUUCCAGACCAGCAGAGAUGGAACUGUACCAAACAUGUGUGUCUUAUACAAACCAAAAUGAUUGGCCAAGUCAACAGCCAUGACAGUGGGUGGCGUGCUGAUAACUACUCGGCUUUCUGGGGCAUGACACUUGACGAGGGAGUACGGUACAGGCUUGGAACCAUCCCGCCGGACAUGGCUGUCAGGAAGAUGAAACCUGUUAGAGUCCAGAUUGACCCUGACCUUCCGGAUGAAUUUGAUUCACGAGAGCGCUGGCAAGGUAGGAUACAUCCAGUUCGUGACCAAGGCAACUGCGGAGCUUCUUGGGCGUUUUCAACAGUAGCGACGGCUGCUGACCGAUUGUCUAUAGAAUCUGACGGAAUUCUUCAUGAUGAGUUAUCUCCUCAGCAUCUAUUAUCUUGUAAUACCGCCAGAGGGCAGCUUGGUUGUGAAGGCGGAUAUCUUGAUAAAGCUUGGUGGUUUCUUCGCAAGAAAGGGAUAGUGUCCGAUGGUUGUUACCCGUAUGUCAGUGGCAGCGAUAGCGAGGCUGGCAUGUGUAUGCUGAAGACCAAAAAGAACGCAAACACAGCACCCUGUCCUAACGGACAGGCGAACAGUACGGGACGGAUCCUCUACUCGACCCCACCGUACCGGAUAUCUAGUGACGAGAAGGACAUAAUGAACGAGAUAUACAAGAACGGCCCAGUACAAGCUAUAAUGAAAGUAAAGGAGGAUUUCUUUAUUUACAAGUCCGGAGUAUACCAGUAUUCUAACACUGUUCCGGACUUACUUCCGGACGACGAUGACAGGGGUUAUCACUCUGUCCGGAUAAUAGGCUGGGGUGUGGAAACAAACAAUUCCAGCAACACAACCACCAAGUAUUGGCUAUGUGCAAACUCGUGGGGACAUCAUUGGGGCGAAAAAGGUUACUUCCGGGUCAGGCGCGGGGUCAAUGAAUGCUCAUUGGAAGAUAUUAUUAUUGCGUCAUGCUGGAGUGGUCCUGGAGUUGAACGAGUUGUUCAUUCUGAUGCGCGUGCCAAUGAAUAUAUAAACCAACCAGGUCCAAGCGAACAAAACGAGGGCAUUUCGCAAACCCCGUCAGAUCUUCGGUCAGCAGGACCGAUUUCUGUAUUGAGGAAUAAGCGACGGCGAUGCAAGAACGGAAGAUGUGUUGUUGUGAAGUGGAUGGGACGCUAACCAAGCGGAUCGAGCUCAUGUUUACAUUUUGUUGACAAUGAAGGAUUAACAUCUGAUUUAUUGUCUUGUACAAUACGUUGUAUCAAGAUAUUCUGAUUGUACUAUACUACUACGAAAACGGCAUAUUAACCUCCUAUUGGAUAGGUACGACAUAUGUACAACUACUUUUUUAUAAAAAAAAAACCUGACCUUAAAGUGUGAUGAAUGUACUCACACGACUUGUUGUGAUGUCUACCUUUUCUUGUAGUAGCGCUCAUGUCCAAAUUAAAUGUACAGCGCUUCAUCUAUAGAUAGGCACAUACAAACAUUUUAAAUAUCGACUGUGCAUAGUAACAAAUAUAGCAUCUACAUAUAUUAUCUACUGUUCGAUUUAAAAUAGUAUGUAAGAUAAAUAUAAACAUAUUUAGUAUCUACUGCACAUACAAAAUGUUUAAUAUCUUUACACAUAAACUAUUAAAUACAGGAUUUUAAGUAGCUAUUUGUGAAAAACAUAUAUUAUCUAGUUUGUAUACAAGUGUGAUACUAAGUAAACUUAUAAAUGUAUUGUCAUUGUUCACUAUAAUCUACGCAUGCUUAUUGAAACAAUAGCGUUUUUUUGUAUUAUUCAUUUAUUCCUAGAUGUGUAUUUUUCUAUUAUAAGAUUGAACAUAGAGUUUAUUCUCUGACCUCGCAUAUUAUGACAUAGCAAAUAUGUCGAAAAUAGUAUAUAAAUGCUUACCUUACGUUUUCUUUUGGAACUAAUAAUGAAGUAGCUAAAAUGCAACAGCUGAAAUAAGUCGAAAGGUGUUCGUGAUGCUUUUGCUUAAACUUUUGUCAACAGCAUGGUAUUUCCAAUUAUGUUGAUUACAACAGAUGCCUCCUUUCAGAAUGAAGUAUGCAUUAACGAAACUUUGAACUGUUAAUUAUUAUAAAGUGUAAUUCCCAGGUAAAUAAAUAGUAUUGUUCAUGUCGUCUUGACUGAUGACGUCUUAACUUGAUAAAAGCUGACGUUAAUUAAAAACAAAUAUGCAGGACUACUUAAUUCAUAUCUUAAUUAUUGACAUAAUAGCAUGCUCAAAGUGUCAGCAAUUGUAACGUGUUUUCUCUCCAUAGGCGUUUUGUUUCUUUAGGGACGAUUUGACGUUUGAAAUUAAUCGUACAGUAGAAAUCGUGUCCAUCACAAUUACGUAUGAUAGCUGACUUUUUUUCUCAUUGCUCUAUAAUUGGUUUACAACAAUAUACAUUAAUACUAUCAACACCUCGUAUUUUACCUAACAGCAUUGACACGACAAAAGUGGUUCAAACUUCAAUACAUAAGCAACUCUGGUAUGUAAUGUUAUCAGAUAUGUGUGAAGUAAUCAUGAACUAGAGUAGAUGCCGUUAUGUUGAUAUCGAAUGAACAUCAGCAUGCACGAAUAACUUGAACGAUUCCUUGCAGGAGAAAUAUGAAAAUAAAUCGUUCAAAAAAUGACUAAAUUAGACGACGCAUGAACCUCGCUUGUUGUAUCAAUAUAUUUUUUUCUGUCGAGAUCAAUCAAGUAAGUUUGCAUCUACAGUAUUAUAAUGCAUGGUAUAACCAUAAAAUGCAUAUACAAAUCGCUCCGGGAGUGUUAUAACAGCUUGGUAUCACUGUAAAUUGUGUAGUAGUUGUCUCCUUUUCUUGCCUUGAUGAAGUAGAGACAUCUCUUUGCCUGAUACAGAUCAUCCUUUAUUUGCCUCGAUUAGAAACAUCCCUUAUCUGAAUUGAUGACUUCCCUUUGCCUGGUGUAGAAUACCCAUUUUCUUGCCUGGAGUAGAACUAUCCCUUACCUGAUGAGGUGAUGCCGUUUGACUGGUGUACGUAGAAGAACACUAUUUUGCCUGUAUUAGAAUAACUAUUUGUCUGCUUUAGAUACAAUUCCUACUUUUUCGUUUAGAUACACCCUAUUGCCUGUUGUGGAUACUUCUCCAUUACAGUCUCGUUAAUUCUCGUUCCUGUACGCAUGCCCACUGCACGUUGUUUUACCGAGUCUCUUUCCACUUGUCCGCCCUGGAUGUCCGUAUGCGCUUGUUGUUCAAAAUAUAUAGUAGCUUGAUCACCUUGGUUGUCACUCUUUGAUUCUUUUCUAAGCUUGAUCUUCUUGAAUAUUUACAUGUUUGCACAUUGUCUGACAUGCCACUUUCAUUUAUAACCGUGGAUACAAGAAUGUGUUACUUUUGACCACAUUUUUCGAUGUCUAUGCUAAU